CUUACAGCAGGCUGGACCUCAGAUCUCCACUUCCUGUGUCCUCUGGAAAUUACCAGGAACAAUGUCCAUCUUGUAUGUGUUGAUAAUGGGUAUGUCAGCCUUCACCGUUCAGCCCGAAGAGCACACAGUGGCUGCAGGAGACUGCCAGUUUCGUGGCAAGCAUUACAAAACAGAAUUCAGGGUGGAAGGGGAGCCUGUGGUUCUGAGGUGCCCCCAGCUGUGGUCUCAGUUUGGGGCCUCCAUCAGCCCCCAGGCCCUUCUGACCUGGCGUAAAAACAACUCGGCUCAAAUGAUCCCAGGAGAAGGGCCACGGAUGUGGACAGAGGACGGCACUCUCUGGGUUUUACCAGCCUUGAGGGAGGACUCCGGCACCUACAUCUGCACUGUCAGAAAUGCUUCUCACUGUGAUGAAAUGUCCAUUGAACUCAGAGUUUUUGAGAACACAGAAGCUUCCCUACCGUUCAUCUCAUACUCGCAAAUCCUAACCUUGUCUGCCUCUGGGUUGUUAGCAUGCCCUGAUCUGAGGGAAUUCACCCGUAACAGAACUGACGUGAAGACUCGGUGGUACAAGGGUUCUGUCCCUUUGGAUGAAAACAAUGAGAAAUUUAUAAGUGUGGAGGGGACCACACACUUACUCAUACAUGAUGUCUCUGUGGAGGAUGCGGGCUACUACAAAUGUGCCAUAACAUAUGCCCACAAGGGCAGGCAAUACAACGUCACUAGGAACGUCAAACUCCGCGUCAACAAAAGAAAAGAGGAGACCAUUCCUGUGAUUAUUUCUCCCCUCCAGACCAUAUCAACAUCUCUGGGGUCCAGACUGACAAUCCCGUGUAAGGUGUUUCUGGGAGCCGGCACACCUGACACCACCCUGCUGUGGUGGACAGCUAACAGCGCCCAAAUCGAGAGCGCCUACCCGGGAGGCCGUGUGACCGAGGGGCCGCGCCAGGAAUAUUCAGAAAACAAUGAGAACUACAUUGAAGUGCCGCUGAUUUUUAAUCCAGUCUUAAGAGAGGAUUUGGAUACAGAUUUUAAAUGUGUCGUCCUUAAUACACUGAGUUUUCAGACACUACAAACCACAGUCAAAGAAGCUUCCUCCACGUUCUCCUGGGGCAUUGCGUUGGCUCCCUUGUCGCUGGUCUUCUUGGUUUUGGGGGGAAUUUGGAUGUACAGACGCUGUAAACACAGAACUGAGAAAGCACGUGGGCUGACAGCGCUCAAGACCGGCCUCUGAAACUUCCCGUCCCAAACCCGUGCAAUAAAGGAAGUGGGAAUGCCAACGCGAUCACCA